UGUAAGCAGAGGUGGUCUAGGAUCAAUCAUGAAGUAUCCAGAUUCACUGGUUGCUACAACCAGGCGCUGAGGGAGCAGAGAAGCGGCCAAAAUGAUGAUGAUGUGAUCAAAGCUGCUUACGACAUAUUCUUCACCAAGUACGAUACCAAGUUCACACUCGAUCACUGCUGGAGAGAGCUCAGGCAUGAGCAGAAAUGGGCCUCCACAUAUAUGGCUAAGGAUGGUGGAAAGGAAAAGCGGAGGCCGGUGGUGGAUCUUGACGGACCAGAAGAAAAUGUUGUUGGAGAAGAUGAGGAUAGACCCGUCGGGGUAAAGGCUGCGAAAGGUGCCAGUAAGAAGAAGAAGAGUGGUCGAGAUGAGGAGUUGUCUAAGCUACAAGGCGUUUUGGAACUUAAGGAAAAACUUUCUAGAAAUAAAGUCCUUGAUCGCUUGCUGGCCAAGAAAGAGCCAUUGUCUGAGAUUGAAACAACACUAAAAAUGAAGCUUAUGUCUGAAAUGUUAUGAUGUGUACUGUGUGUUCUUUGAGGUCACUUGUAGGAAAAGUUAGUACUUGUUGUGUGAUGUGUGUACUUGCUUAGUUGUUACAGCUAAACUAACCAUUUUUUAAACGUGUUGUUGCAGGUAGUUCUUUGAGGUCACGGGAGUUGUCACGGGUGGAUUUAGAGUACUGAGAGCAUUUUGGCAUGUAGCUCCUGCUCAUAAGUCACGGGUUUUCCCUUCUUGUAGUAUAAGUACUCGGAUAUGUAUGUCUUUCUCCUCAACAUCAAAAACCUUAUCAUCAAAACCUUUGUAAUAUUUUGGAACGAAAACCAUUGUAAUAUUUGUCUGCUACUUGCUUCUCUCAAUCCUUUGUAUCCAUCUCAUCAACUUGCUUCUCUGUACCAUAACCAUAAUCAGGAUAAGCAAUGUCGUCAUCUUCAUCUGAUGAAAAUGAUGAAAUCGAGGAGAGAUUGGAUGAUAUUAUCGAAGAUUUCAUUGACGAAAUUUACGACGAUAUAGUGGAGGCCGAACCCAUACCGCAAAGAACCCGUAGCUAUACUGAACGACACCGCGAAGGAGGACAGCACCAGCUAAGCAAUGACUACUUCAACGACGACCAUUCGACAUAUUCGAUACAAACUUUCAGACGCCGAUUCCGCAUGAAUAAGGGAUUAUUCAUGCGUAUUGUCGAUGGCCUUGAACAAUUCUUUCCAUUCUUUCAGCAAAGAAAAGAUGCAACGGGGAGGUGGGGUCUUACUGCACUACAAAAAUGCACGGCAGCAAUUCGUCUACUUGCUUAUGGAAAUUCGGCUGACACGGUUGACGAAUAUCUCCGACUUGGUGAGAGCACUGCACUUUCUUGUUUACAUCAUUUCACUGAUGGGAUAAUACAGUUAUUCGGAGAUGAGUAUCUGCGACCACCCACAGCAGAGGAUCUUCAACGACUACUCGAUAUGGGAGAGAAACGAGGGUUUCCUGGGAUGGUCGGGAGCAUUGACUGUAUGCACUGGGAGUGGAAAAAUUGUCCAACCGCUUGGAAAGGACAGUACGCCCGUGGCCACGGAAAACCGACUAUUGUUCUAGAGGCCGUAGCUUCACAAGAUCUUUGGAUUUGGCACGCAUUUUUUGGUCUUCCAGGUACCUUAAAUGAUCUUAAUGUCCUCGAUCGAUCUCCUGUGUUUGAUGACCUUUUAGAAGGUCGAGCUCCCAGUGUGAGGUACAUGGUCAACAACCACAUGUAUAAGUUGGCAUAUUACCUCACAGAUGGUAUAUAUCCAAAAUGGUCAACAUUUAUCCAAACUAUCGCACUCCCUCAAAGUCCUAAACAACAGUUAUUUGCUCAAGUUCAAGAAUCAGUCCGAAAAGAUGUCGAACGGGCUUUUGGAGUAUUGCAAGCUCGGUUUGCGAUUGUGAAAAACCCGGUUCGUACAAUGGCCAAAGAGAAGAUAGGGAAGAUAAUGAGAGCAUGUAUCAUACUACACAAUAUGAUAGUUGAAGAUGAACGAGAUGGUUAUUCAAUGCGGUACGAUAUUUCAGAAUUUGAAGAAGGAGAAUCUUCCAGAACUUCGGAGGUCCUAAACGCAAACCCUACACUAAACGAAAUCCCGACAAUUCUCAAUAAUAUAUUUCCCAACCGAAAUGAUCUUCGUGAUAGGCAAACUCAUGAACGAUUGAAGAAUGAUUUGAUCGAAAACAUUUGGAAUAAAUUUGGCGAUGAAGAUUAAUAAUUAGUAUCUUUAUAUUUAAACCUUGUAUCUUUUAAUCCUUGUAUCUUUAAAUUGAAUCCUUGUACCUUUUAUUUUAAUUAUGCAAUUAAUAAAUUUUCAAUUUCAAUUUUUAAAAAAAAAAAUAAUAAUAUUUUAAUGUUAAGGACUCCGUCUUCGGGAUCACCAUUGAACGAGCUUUUUGGACUCGAGUCCUUCACUGUUCAAACAAAAACAAAAAGCAAAAAAAUUUAUAAUAAACAAUUCCCAAGGAUCCCAAUGUGGGGAUGACCAUUGCAAGUGCUCUAAAGCUCUCUGGGCUGAACUCAUUUCUCCUAAAGUUCAUCA